AGACAACUCUCUGGUAUAUAUUUUCGAUUAGAUUCUUCGAGCUUUAACUUCAAUCGUUCAAAGAGAAGACCAGCUCUCGGUACUCAAUCCUCUCACGCAAUUCCAGGACUGAUGCUGUGACCGUUUUGUUGGACCGGUUUUCUUGUUGUGGUGGAGAUUUGAUUUGGUGACAAGCAGCUUCAUCACGGGAAUUUUCUAUUGAGUCCUCGUUUAUAUUUUGAGCGUUUCUUGUAACAUGAAACAAUUUCAGAUUGAAUUAUACUAUGCUGUAUAUUUGUAAACAAUGCAAGGUUUCCAGUCAUAUAACUACCCAUUUCAGCUCUUCAACUUUUGCAUGUUGUUUGGAAUGGACUGAGACUUGUUCCUCAAAUCUUCUUUCUUUUAUGUUUGUUAAAGAUAUAACUGCAUUUCGUGGGAAAUUGUAGAUCUCUAUUGGAUAUACAUACGUGGGAAGCAGAAACAAUUGACCACUUUAAUGGUGGAUUUUUGAUCACCUGAAAUUUGGAAAUCCUUCUUACUUAUCAUCAAUGGAGAGCUUAGCGCAACUGGAAGCAUUGUGUGAAAGGCUUUACAAUUCACAGGACUCCGCUGAACGUGCUCAUGCAGAGAGCACUCUGAAAUGCUUUUCUGUAAAUGUUGAUUACAUUUCACAAUGUCAAUACAUACUCGACAAUGCAUUGACUCCAUAUGCAUUGAUGUUGGCUAGUUCAAGUCUGUUGAAGCAAGUGACAGAGCAUAGUCUCUCUUUGCAGCUCCGACUUGAUAUCCGAAACUACCUUAUAAACUAUCUGGCCAACAGAGGACCUGACUUGCAGCCUUUUGUAACUGGAUCACUGAUUCAGCUGUUUUGUCGAGUUACAAAAUUUGGGUGGUUUGAUGAUGACAGAUUCAGAGAUGUGGUUAAAGAGUCAAUGAACUUUUUGAGUCAGGCAACAUCAGGUCACUAUGCCAUUGGCUUGAAGAUACUGAACCAGCUUGUGUCUGAAAUGAAUCAGCCUAAUCCAGGACUGCCUGCAACACAUCAUCGAAGGGUGGCCUGCUCUUUCAGGGAUCAGUGUCUUUUCCAAAUUUUCCAGAUAUCUCUGACAUCAUUGUGCCAACUUAAAAAUGAAGUUGCAAACCGGUUACAAGAACUGGCCCUUUCUCUUUCGCUGAAGUGUUUAUCUUUUGAUUUUGUGGGGACGUCUUUGGAUGAAAGUUCUGAAGAGUUUGGUAGUGUUCAGAUUCCAUCUUCUUGGAGGUCAGUCCUAGAGGAUCCUUCAACUUUGCAGAUAUUUUUUGAUUACUAUGCAAUCACUAAGCCCCCACUCUCAAAAGAGGCUUUGGAGUGCUUAGUGAGACUUGCUUCUGUAAGGCGUUCUUUGUUCACAAAUGAUGCUGAGCGUUCCAAAUUUCUGGCCCAUUUAAUGACAGGAACUAAGGAAAUUUUACAAACUGGCCAAGGUCUUGCUGAUCAUGAUAACUACCAUGAAUAUUGUCGUCUUCUUGGACGCUUCAAAGUCAAUUAUCAGUUGUCUGAGCUUGUGAAGGUGGAAGGUUAUAGUGAUUGGAUACGUCUAGUGGCUGAAUUUACAUUAAAAUCUCUUCAGUCCUGGCAGUGGGCCAGCAGCAGUGUUUACUACCUUUUAGGACUGUGGUCCAGAUUGGUGACAUCUGUUCCCUACCUCAAGGGUGACACACCAAGUAUGCUGGAUGAAUUUGUUCCUAAGAUAACCGAAGGUUUUAUCACUUCACGAUUUGAUUCUGUACAGGCUGGAUUUCCAGAUGACAUCUCUGAGAACCCAUUGGACAAUGUUGAACUUCUCCAGGAUCAGCUAGAGUGCUUUCCUUACCUUUGCAGAUUCCAGUAUGAAAGUAGUAGUCUCUAUAUAAUAAAGGUUAUGGAGCCGAUUCUGCAGACUUAUACAGAAAGAGCAAGGCUACCAGCAAGUGGAGAUAAUGGUGAACUUUCUGUGGUUGAAGCAAAACUUGCAUGGAUAGUUCAUAUUAUUGCUGCCAUUCUUAAAAUCAAACAGUCCAUUGGAUGUAGUACGGAAUCACAAGAAAUAAUUGACGCGGAACUUGCAGCCCGUGUACUCCAGUUAAUAAAUAUCAGUGAUAGUGGAUUACACAUUCAGAGAUAUGGGGAGUUAAGCAAGCAAAGACUUGAUCGUGCGAUUCUUACUUUCUUUCAGCAUUUUCGAAAGUCUUAUGUUGGUGAUCAGGCAAUGCAUUCUUCUAAGCAGUUAUAUGCCCGCUUGUCUGAGCUUCUUGGAAUCCAUGAUCAUCUUUUGUUAUUGAAUGUCAUUGUUGGAAAAAUUGCCACAAAUCUCAAGUGUUACACAGAGAGUGAGGAGGUUAUUGAUCACACCUUAAGUCUGUUCUUGGAGCUGGCGUCUGGAUAUAUGACUGGAAAGUUGCUUCUGAAGUUGGAUACUAUUAAAUUCAUAAUUGGGCAUCACACUAGGGAACACUUCCCAUUUUUAGAAGAAUAUAGAUGCUCUCGUAGCAGAACAACCUUCUAUUACACCAUUGGAUGGUUGAUCUUCAUGGAAGAUAGCCCUGUCAAAUUUAAAUCUUCAAUGGAUCCUCUCCUGCAGGUUUUCAUCAGUCUGGAAUCAACACCUGAUACCAUGUUUCGAACUGAUACUGUAAAGUAUGCAUUGAUUGGGUUGAUGCGGGAUCUCAGAGGAAUUGCAAUGGCCACAAAUAGCCGCAGAACCUAUGGACUCUUAUUUGAUUGGCUUUAUCCUGCGCACAUGCCUCUUCUUUUAAAAGGCAUUUCACAUUGGACAGAUACACCAGAGGUUACAACCCCAUUGUUAAAGUUUAUGGCAGAAUUUGUGCUAAACAAGGCCCAACGUCUAACUUUUGACUCAUCAUCUCCUAAUGGAAUACUUCUUUUCCGUGAAGUCAGCAAGUUAAUUAUUGCUUAUGGAUCAAGAAUUUUGUCUCUUCCAAAUGCUGCAGAUGUUUAUGCCUUUAAGUACAAGGGAAUUUGGAUAUGUUUAACUAUCCUUUCAAGAGCACUUGCUGGAAACUAUGUCAAUUUUGGUGUCUUUGAAUUAUAUGGAGAUAGAGCACUUGCCGAUGCACUUGAUAUUGCUCUAAAAAUGAUGCUUUCAAUUCCUUUAUCUGACAUAUUGGCAUAUCGGAAGCUUACCAGGGCCUACUUUUCUUUCUUGGAAGUUCUAUUCAGCAGCCAUAUUGGUUUUGUAUUAAAGUUAGAUACAAGCACCUUCAUGCAUAUUGCUGGAUCUCUAGAAUCUGGUUUAAAAGGUCUUGAUGCUAAUAUCUCAUCACAGUGUGCAUCAGCUGUUGAUAAUUUGGCUGCUUUCUAUUUUAACAAUAUUACGGUGGGAGAGCCACCCACAUCACCCGCCGCAUUGAGUCUUGCUCGACAUAUUGCUGAAUGCCCCAGCUUGUUCCCAGAAUUAUUGAAGACUCUAUUUGAGAUUGUUUUAUUUGAAGACUGUGGAAACCAAUGGAGUCUUAGCAGACCAAUGCUGAGUUUGAUACUUAUAAGUGAACAGAUAUUUACUGAUUUAAAAGCUCAGAUUUUGGCUUCUCAACCCACAGAUCAACAGCAGCGCCUCUCCAUGUGUUUUGACAAAUUGAUGGCAGAUGUUACUCGAAGUUUGGAUUCAAAGAACAGGGACAAAUUCACUCAAAACCUGACUAUAUUCAGGCAUGAAUUCCGUGUCAAAUAGCAUUCACUUCCCUAGAUAUACAUGGACGCAUCUUUUGGGUGAAAUUUUCAACCAAUAUACCAGAUGAACAAUCGAUGUUGCGAUCUACCAUACUUCUUUCGGUUGCAGAUAGAUUCUUUUGGUGCUAGUCAGACUGUCAGAGCACCUCUGUUGAUGAUCUUCUGGUGCUAACAAAGGAGAAAGAAGGUUUGUGAAGAUCACUGGUAUGCUUGCAAAUUGGAUCAGUUCUCUGUGAAUUCUUUGUAGUUGUAUUUAACUCUUUCUCUUUUCCCUUGGGAGCCAGGGAAGAGCUAGAAAUUUAUACAGGGGUAGUCAAAGGGCAUUGGGAUUUCUGAAGCUAGUGGCUAGUAUGAUGUUAAAUGGGGAUCAGAUCAAUUCUUUUACUCAAAGAAAAAAGAAAGAUGUAUAUAAGUGAUUCUUUCGUUUUGUUACAGAAAUGGAUUUCUGAAGCAGAUCUCUGUACAUUACCCGUUCUUUUAUUUUGUAAUUGUUGAUGUAAGCUGAAAUUUGCAGAAUUCCUGCUUGCCCAUGUAUAGCUUUCUUUUCCAGCUGACCA